UCUCUCCAACCUCAAAAGUCUUUAACAUCUGUCCUGUGUUGGGUCUUUGUUGUGUUGUUAUCUUUCCUUGAACGCACCUUCCGCCACCUGCGCUGGCUGGAAAGCCAGACUGAGCAUCCGAUUACCCUUUUCGGCAACCGUGAACACUCUCACUGCCCGCCUGCAUUCAUUGCGACUUCCAGUGUUCACGUCCUCCUAAACAAAGCCGGCACUGAACGAGCAUUUCCGUGCCAAUCCUCUCUGUCGACGGCGAUGGCAUCAUAACCGUCUCAUUUCACGCCCACCUUUCAACUUAAACUCUACACUUGAAGACUCCUCACCCCGUCCGCAAAUUACGGGGAGUUAGCAUGGCUUCAUUCGAAAAGCGGUACUACGAGUACCCGUAUAGCUUGGACCCCAUCACUCCGACCAUUAGGAAAGGGCUGGUUCCUGUGGCCAUCUCCGCAGUUCUCUCACUAAUCUCCGUCUCCGCGCUCCUCACCUUCAUCACUCAUCGAUUAAUAUCGUGGAGAAGACACUACAAGGAAUACGUGGGGUACAACCAAUAUGUGCUCCUGAUUUACAACCUCCUACUCGCUGAUUUCCAACAAUCCCUGGCCUUUUCAAUUUCCUUUCACUGGCUCCGAAUUGGCAAAAUUGUGGCACCUACUGGCGCCUGCUUUGCCCAGGCCUGGUUCCUUCACAUUGGAGAUAUUUCAAGCGGCUUCUUCGUCCUUGCAAUCGCGAUACAUACUUGGCUGGGUGUUGUUAAAGGAUACAAACUUUCGUACGGAGCGUUCGUGGGAUCCAUUCUAGGAUUAUGGAUGUUGGCCCUUGCCUUGACCAUCAUUGGGCCAAUUAUGCACAAAGACAAAUUCUUUGCCCGAGCUGGAGGAUGGUGUUGGGUGUCUGCGGACUUUGAGAAAGAACGACUGUGGCUUCACUAUCUGUGGAUCUUCAUCGUCGAGUUCGGCACCAUCGCCAUAUAUGGGCAUAUCUUCUUUCACUUGAAAGGCCGGAUAGGAAGCAUCCUGAACAACGACACGAGCCGACUCUCAAGGGCCACAAAGUUCAUGAUUCUCUAUCCUCUGGCUUACGUCCUUUUAACCCUUCCAAUUGCCGUGGGCAGAAUGGUUGCCAUGACUGGUACAAAAAUGCCGGAUCUGUUCUUCGUUGUUACGGGAGCGCUGCUCACCUCGUGCGGCUGGAUCGACGCUCUCCUGUACGCGCUCACACGUCGCAUUCUCAUUCCAAAUCAAAUAUCCCGGCAUCACCACUCAGUAACUGCCAUAACGACGAACCCUGCCCGACCUGGUGAUAAGACAGAUUAUGAUCUUCAAUCCAUCAAUGGUGGACCCGAACUCGGCACCGCUCGCUCUGUUACCAUUACCGGUGGCAGCAACCGCAUAUCGCGACUUGCUGAUUAUAGCCGUGGCCGCCCUACACUUAAGAGAUCCCCCUCUAUGCGCGCCGACAGUCCUACUGGAUCAACAGAUUCGAUCAUAAAACCUGGCCCAAAUGCCAUUGGUAUUGUGACCGAGACAAACAUUCAGUAUGAGAUGACUGACGUUCAGGAGAGCGCGAGCGAAAGCGACACCCUACCGAGCCGGUUCAGGUCGCGGAACCAGAGCGACAGCGGGUUCAGCGCAAAUAGUAAAUAGUAGGCAUGGGUAAUGUUUCUUUUCACGGCCGCUGCUCAUGGUGAUGAGGAUUGGGGAUCUGGGCGUCGCUUGUCCAAUUGUUCUUGUUUCACCCUUCCCCCUCGCCCAAAUGAGGAAGGGAUGAGGGACAAUGUUCUUCACGGCAUUCGUUUGGUGAUACCAGGUAACG